AUGGCUCAAGGCAGUUACAUCUUGAGGAAUGUGUCAGGUCCAAGCUCUGAAGUCUGUGUUCCUGACUACCUUGGGAUUGACUUCAGUUAUCAGUCGGACGUGGACAGCCUCCAAUUUGUGGACAAUUUCCAAAAGGGCACCACCAUUAAGCGGCUAAGCCUUAAGAGGAGGCCCAGAGUGGCCGUCAAUAAUGCAGAAAAAACACAGAGUGGUAUUUCAUCCGGCCAGUGGCAUUCUGCAGAAUCCUUGUCAUUAUCUAGCACCAAUGACUCAAGACUACUGGGCAUGUCUUCUACAACCAGAGGCCGACCACCUCUUCCUCCAUCGCAUGGUUCGUCCUUGGACAGCAAGGUCUCAAGGAAUGAAGGUUCAGCAGUGUCUCAGAUGCUUACUGAGUCAAAGCCCCAGCCUGCUGUAAGAUCUCAUGCUUUACAAAGACAAAGCCCCGUGGUGGAAAAAACCAUCAUGGACACCCACAAACACUUGGAGCAGGAGGCGACCAGUCAGCCUCCACCUCAGCCCCACCCUCGUCGACGACUGGCCAGCUUCGGAGGAGUAAGCUCUCCUGGGUCACUCUCCCCCUUCACUGGCCUGGGUGCAUAUAAUCAGAACAACAAUGGGAACAAGCCUACUGGCACAGGGAGUGACAUGCAUAUCCACCUGAGCUCGUCCCUGGGCAGUAGAGGCAGCACAGGGUGUCUGAGAUUAAGCCCACAGAGCUCUGGUAGAACCACUCCCGUUUCAAGUCUCGGCCCCAUGCACCUGCAGCACGUCCGUGACCAGAUGGUGGUAGCUCUGCAGAAGCUGAAGGAGCUGGAGGAGCAGGUGAAAAUUAUCCCUAUCCUCCAGGUAAAAAUCUCUGUCCUGCAGGAGGAAAAGAGGCAACUCGUCUGUCAGCUCAAGAACCAGAGUGACAAUGAGGACAUGAAUGACGUGAUCAGGAGGAGAGCUUAUAGUAUGGACAGAUCUGAUAUUGAGAACAAGGCGAAUACUGAGGAGGGACUGAAGAGCACAGUGCGGACUGACCCCACCGACCUCAGGGAGUUCAGGAAACUGGCUGAAGAGAUGCAGGCAUUGGAAAGAAACAUCAAGGGCGGGAAUUUGCAAGCAUGGCAUGGAAAAGGCCAUGACAAGGCUAUCAAGUCAGUAGCAGUUGGAAUUGAUAAAGGUACCAACAUGUCUAAACCUGCAAAAGAAGACAAAUAUGUGUACACUGAUCAGGUAGAGACAAGGUCCAUUGCAACAGAGGUGUCUGAAGUUCAUCUUGGAAUUUACACAGAACGGGAAGCAGAGCUUGAUGCCCAACAAGUAGUAAUUGGUGCCCUGAAGGAGAGAAUUUCUCAAUUAGAAGCAGAAUUGAAAGAAUCAGCCCUCCAGACAGAGAUGAGCCGCCUGAAGCUGGAGCUUCAGGCUGCGGGAGCAAGGAACCGAGCUGAUAAAGCGUCUCUUGCUAGGCCAUCCACUGUGAGCACAGGUACUGAAGCAAGGCCUCACACCACAAGCCAGGGUGUGGGUAAUCACACUGAUGUCCAGGAUACCAGCACUGGGGAGGCAACAGAGGUGAAGACUGUGGGAGUAUCUUGUUGUGGGCCUGAGCUGAAGGAUGUUUGCACAGGACCAGAUGUACCCAUGAGCCACUGGCAGGUCAGAGAGCUAGUCGAAACCAGGGAAAAGGGCGUAGGGAUUCAGGUUUUUACAAACACACAAGGAGUCGGGACGGAGAUAAAGUUAUGUGAUGCAGAAACCAACACAGAAAUACCAGUGGAGAGUCUGGGGUCUAAGAAGGCAAAGACUAAGUAUCAUUCAGUGGCUUGUGGGGACUGUUCUGUUGAUGUGAUCAUCUGUGAAUCAAAGGAACUGGUUUCUCAAGGUGUGGCCACAGAUGCAGUUAGAGGAGUUGAUCUGGGAAUCAUGGCAUCACCCCAGACAGCUUCACAGCGUACCAACACUGUAUCCAGCUCAGUGUCUCGCUUCACUAACACCAGACAUGCCUUCAACACAGACUCCAGCACUAACACUCUCCUCAGUACCCAAGACAAGCACACCAACACUGCUCAGACUGUUACUAGGACUGUGUCUGUCGGGAACAGGGUCAGGGACAUCAAAUUCAGCCCGGAGACCCGUACAAUUGGUGUAGGAACUGCAAAUCAGGUAGAAAAUGCCUUAAAACUAACACCAGGGACAGUCACCAAGGUAACCCGAGACACCGGGGUUGGGUUCACAAACAUUAAUGAGAAUUUCCUGGUUGGACUGAAAACUCGAAAUAUGGCCUCAGGACCGUCCCACUUACCUGACCCCAUCAAGACAAGAAGUAUCGGUGUAGGGGAGGGGAGGAUACGGGAUUUGUCAGUUUCAUCCAGUACACAUGGCCAAAGUCUGCAGCAGUCUACACAGUCCCAGUGGGACCCUGAGCUUAACCAUUAUAUAGAGAAGAUGCAGAAGCUCCUUGGGGAGCAUGGGGACCUGCUCACAGAGGACUGCACUGAGCAGUACAGCAGUCAAGGAAAUGACAGCUCCAAGCUGUCCUGCAAAACUAAAGCUGCCGCACAAGGUGGAGCGGAAGUCCAUCCUUUAGAUUCUCAUCCACCAGCUAGCAGAGAGUUUCAGUCUCCGUCUCAGAUUUCAGUCAACUCUUCUAAGUGUGACAGAGCAAACCCAGGAAUUUGCCACCAGAGUGGUACUGAAUCUGAGGUGAAAAGAAUGAUACAGAUGUUAGAACAACAGGCAUCCUCAGCUCUGCAAGAGAGGUCAGCCAAUUCUGGUGCACUGCGGUCUGUGAUGAAGAAGCAGAAUGGUGACCAAGGCUGCAGCAGCAACAGGAAGAGCAUGAAGUUUAUGAGGGUGGCCACAGGACUGGACCCCGUGCCAUCUGAGCUCUCUGGCAGUGAGAAGGUUAACUCUGAGGAAGUGGAAAAGAGAGUAAACAGAAAGUUCAGAGAAGCUCCUCAAGAUGGAACGCAAGCAAGAAAGGGCAGAGGUGGCUCCAACAAGGGAUCGAAAGGGUCUGCAAAAUCGCACAACCAGCAGAGGUGUAAGUUAAGUGAAAAGAUUUUUUCUUCUUGUCAAGCCUUAAAGAUCCACCUGAGUGAUGACGCAGCUUUAUCCAGCAGGGAAUUGCACGACUGUCUACAAACUCUACAGCAAGAGUGGUUCUCUGUGUCCAGCCACAAGUCAGCUGCUCCUGCCACUGUGGACGACUACUUGUCAGCGUUUCGGGUCAUUUCACCCUCAGUACUGCAACACAUAGCGAACAUGGCUGACGGCAAUGGAAACACAGCUCUGCACUACAGUGUGUCUCACUCCAACUUUGGCAUUGUCAAGAAAUUGCUUGAUGCAGAGGUGUGUAACGUCAAUCAGCAGAACAAAGCAGGUUACACGCCCAUCAUGCUGGCUGCUCUUGCUGCUGUGGAAACUCCAGAGGACAUGAGGGUUGUGGAGCAGCUCUUCACAAAAGGAGACGUCAAUGCCAAGGCCAGCCAGGCCGGUCAGACAGCCCUGAUGCUGGCCGUGAGCCAUGGCAGGAUGGACAUGGUGGAGGCACUCCUGGCACAGGGGGCAGAGGUCAAUCUCCAGGAUGAUGAGGGCUCCACUGCGCUGAUGUGUGCAAGCGAGCAUGGCCAUGCUGACAUCGUUAAACUGCUGCUGGCACAACCAGACUGUGAUGCCACCCUGACCGACAGCGAUGAAAGCACGGCCCUGUCCAUCGCACUGGAGGCAGGACAUAAUGACAUUGCAGUCCUUCUCUAUGCUCAUGCCAAUUUCUCCAAAGGACAGACAGGGGCAGCUGCUCGUCAUGGUGGAAAGUCUCUCUCCUCCUCUGGUGGUAGAAAUAUUUGUGAAUAAUAUGAUGCUCCAAAAUCUGAAUGGAUUCUUCAUUAAUCUUAUUUAUGAGGUGAUUCAGUAUAAAAGCCCUAAUAACAAAAAUUUUUUACUGUGUCAGUUUCAACCUUUCUCUGACUGAGUUAGUCGGCCUCUUUCUUUAAUAAUUAUAAUUCGCCAGUGACCUAUGUUCUAGUAUAUAAUUUGUAUAACAAGGCAAAGUGUUUAUUAUAUUAUAACGCAGCAGGUAAUACAUGCAGUGUAGAUAAUGUUGUAUCCUGCAGUCAUUUAUUACAUACAUCACUUCAGAUUUUCUUUAAUCAUUUUCAUUCUCUUUUUUAAAAAUAUAAUUGUGAUAUUUUAUGAGCACAAAAACAAUGAGAUAUCAAACACCAAGCUGUAUGAAUAAAUAUGUAAAUUAAUAUAAAAUAAAUAGUACAUACCUACAAACAGUGGAAAAGUAAGUUAAGGCUAUGGAAACUUUGAAUAUCCAUAUUUUUAUUGUAAUGUAAAAGAUUUAUUUGUAUUUAUAAGUUGAUACUUGUAUACUUUGCUGUAUCUGUACUGCUUUACUAGAAUAAUCACGAGAGAAGCAUGUUAUUACUACAUUUAAUGUAGUUAUGAGUGAAGGAAUGUUUCAGCGCUUUGGGAAAUACGCUUAUUCAUUCAUUCAUGUUUAACAGACAGAUUGAAAGAGUGCUAUUGAUCUUCUCACUUUCUGCAAGAAAGCAAAUAAACGUAUUUCCAAAAAUCUUGAACUACUCCUUUAAGUGGUAUGUACAUUAUCAUGCAUAGUUGUGACACUGAUGAAGGCUCGACAGCUGAAUCUUUUCUCCUCUGUGAAUAAAGCAACUCCAACGCUCUCUUCAGCAUCAGGUGUUGACUGUUAAACA